CGGGGAGGGGGAGCCGCUGCCGUCACCGAGGCUCCCGGCUCGCUCGCCCCGCCGCCGCGGCAGCCCCAGCCCCGCUCCCACCCCCUCGCCUGCCCCCACCCUCCUUCCCUCUCCGUCUCUCUCUCUGUCGGCGAGAGCGGUGUGCUGCUCUUCCCAGAUGGCAGCCGGCAGCGCCAUGCAGCCUCCCGCUCCUCCUCCUCCUCGCCCUCCUCUCCGGCUCUAAGUCAAUGCCAUGCUGCCGCUGCUCCUCCCGGCACUGCUGGCCGCCUGCCUGCCACCCUGCCAGGGCUGGAGCCCCUCGGCGGCUGCCGGCGGGCAGGAGGAGCAGGAGCAAGAGCUCUUCUUGCCCCCCGCCAACUCCUCCUCCCGCUCCUUGGCCGGCCUCGAGAUGGACCUCGACGGGGCAACGAGCAAGGAGGAAGGCAGCACCGCCAGCCCGGGCACGCCGGCUGCCGCUAGCCAAGAGCCUUUCCCUUCUGCUCCCACCUCCUCCGGGCAGCAGCAACAGCAACAGCAGCAGCAGCAGCGGCCCCAGCCGCAGGGGCAGCCGCAGCCCGCCGAGGACCCGCACUGCAAUAUCAGCGUGCAGCGGCAGAUGCUGAGCUCGCUGCUGGUGCGCUGGAGCCGCCCGCUGGGCAUCCAGUGCGACCUCCUGCUCUUCUCCACCAACAGCCACGGGCGGGCCUUCUUCUCCGCCGCCUUCCACCGCGUGGGGCCGCCGCUGCUCAUCGAGCACCUGGGGCUGGCGGCCGGCGGCGCCCAGCAGGACUUGCGCCUCUGCGUGGGCUGCAGCUGGGUGCGGGGCAGGAGGGUCGGGCGGCUGCGGGGCGCCGCGCCUCAGCCCCCUGCCGCCUCCUCUUCAUCCUCCUCCUCCUCCUCCUCCUCAUCCUCCUCCUCCUCCUCGUCGUCGCUCUCCUACCCGCCGGCGGCGGAGCCCGGCCAGUACUGGCUGCAGGGCGAGCCGCUGAAUUUCUGCUGCCUGGAUUUCAGCCUGGAGGAGCUGAAGGGGGAGCCGGGCUGGCGGAUGAACCGUAAGCCCAUCGAGUCCACCCUGGUGGCUUGUUUCAUGACUCUGGUCAUCAUCGUGUGGAGCGUGGCCGCCCUCAUCUGGCCGGUGCCCAUCAUCGCCGGCUUCCUGCCCAACGGCAUGGAGCAGCGCCGCAGCACCAGCACCGCCGCCACCGCCGCCGCCGCCGCCAAGUAGCCUCGCCCGGCGUCCCCUUCCCUCCCUCGUCGUGUGCUGCCGAGGGGCGCGGGCGGCCGCCCCCCGCGGGGCCGGGCCGUGUCGCGCUGCCCCUGCCGUGUUUUUUAUGUUUUAAAGCGUCUUAAAGGUGUGCUGCGGGGCGCGAACGGCCGUUGGGCGCGAGCGACCGUUGGGCGCGAACGGCCGUUGGGCACCGGCCGUUGGGCGCCGGCCGGCUGUUGGGCGCCAACGGGCCCCACCUGAGGGGAGCGGCUCCUCCGCGCCCCUCGGCCCCGCCGCCGGAGACGACCAGAUCCUGUGUGCUCGUUUUCUACCUUUAAUACCCGUUUUAAACGAACCUUUUAGUAAAAAAGAAAGAAAAAAAAAGCCCCCCCCCCCCCAAGAAAAAAUUUAAACGUGGAAAACAAAAUACCCACCCGUUCAACCGCAUUCGUUGUAGUCAGCAGCUUUUUUGUAUAUGAAUACAGUCCGAGCGAGUUUUUUUCUUUAUUUACAAAAAAUAAGUCUCUCUUUUUGGCGGGAUCUAGAACUGAAACAGUCUGUAUAUUGUAAUUGCCGAAGUUGAACUUUAACGAACCUUUUACACUGUAUUUACACUGUUGAGAUAGUGUGUGAUUAUUAUUGUAGCUCCACGUUACUUGGCUUUUAAUACAGAGGUUUUCUUUCUGGAGCCUCCUUAGCCUUUUGUGGGUCUGUUUCUGCCAGUCUGGACAGGAGGGUUCAGCCGACCUCCCCAUCUCCAAGCUGGCCACGAAGCUCGUCUUUCCCUGUGAGAGGAUGUUACCGGGGUUGUUGGAGGAAAAGGGGAAUGACAAACCCUUCCCAAAUGGUGUUUGUUCUAUUCUUGCAGUAGAUUUAAGUCUGUAUGCCUGUCUGGGAUGGGGUGAGGUGGGAUGGAGAACAUCUGCAUCCUCAAAAGGUGUUUGCUUAGCACAGCUCCAGGACUAUGGCUUUCUUGUCGGUUUGAGGUCGGGUGGCUCCGAUCCUGGGAAUAUCAGGCCUGCUCUUUGAGAUGUAUUAAAAGGAGCACAGUGGCGAUUUUCUGACUUUCACAAGAACAUUCCUCAAAAACAGCUCAGCCCCAGCAUAUUUGUUGAAGACGUGGUAAUACUGUACCGCUUUUUCAUCUACAAGUCCAUAGGGCUGCUCACAGGUUGCCUGUGGGGUGGAGAGAGGGGAGGAACUGCAAGUCCACAGCUAGAUUACAGCCGCCACUGUGCAAGUGAGCAAGAAAGAAAGGUUUGCAAGAUUUCUUCUUUCCUGUCCAAGCAGACAGUUGCAUAGCCUGAAAUACCACUCAGUGUAUCCUUGCAACUCUUUAGCCUUAUAAAAAGUUGUUUCUUUUGCCUUAGACACUAUUAGUCCAGCUGAAGUUUCUGAAACCAAAAUGUAAGCUAAGUGAGAAAGGUUUGCAAUAGGAAUUCUCAUUCCUUUGUCAACAUCAAUGUAUUUAAUUUGUUAGGAACACAUAAACUCACUUGAAGGCUAAUUUGAUGUAUUUGUAAUGUUGUUUUGUUCCCCAUGUUUUGGUGGAAAUGACUGGAUGAAAGGUCUGGAAAGAUUAAAUUUUUAGGAUUCUGUAGCUCAAGGACUUUUUUCUUAUUCUUUUUUUAUUUGAGAACCAAAUAAAAAAAUGCAUGCUCUAUGUGUAUACUGUCUGGAAGAAAACACAG